AUGGGAGAGGUCGAUGGUCGGCCUGUCCCCGUUGACGAGGGAUCUCCGCUUAUGCCUUCUUCCCCGGUUGGGGAUGGGCGUGGGGAUGGACAUGAUAAUGUGCGGCCCUUGAAUGGCGUUGAUAAUGAGGGGUCUAAGGGUGUUCUGUAUAUGUUGCUUUUGACUUUAUCGAUUGGGGGGCUUCAGGUUGUAUGGUCAGUUGAAUUGUCUAAUGGAUCGCCAUAUCUCUUGUCCCUCGGGAUGAGCAAAGCCCUGUUGGCCUUCGUCUGGAUCGCUGGUCCCUUGACGGGUGGGCUGGUGCAGCCAUAUAUCGGCAUUAGAAGUGAUAAUUGUCGUAUUUCAUGGGGCAAGAGGAAACCGUUUAUGGUUGUUGGUUGUGCUGCUACUAUAGUCGCAUUGCUAGCCCUGGCAUGGGUGAGAGAAAUUGUGGGUGGAUUCUUGUCGAUAUUCGGCGUGGAUUCUGGGUCACAGGGGACAAAGAUUGUUGUUAAUAUCGUGGCUACGAUUCUUAUGUAUUGUUUGGAUUUUGCUAUUGCUACUGUGCAAGCUGCAAUCCGGGCAUUUAUUGUUGACAAUUGUCCAGCACACCAACAAGAAUUGGCCAAUGCCUGGGCAAGCCGGUUGAUCGGCGUUGGAAAUAUCCUAGGGUAUAUUUUCGGCUAUCUAGAUCUACCCAAGAUCAUCCCGUUCCUGGGAAAUACUCAGUUCAAGGCUCUUUGUGUACUAGCCUCAAUCUUCUUGAGCGUCACUAUCGCUAUCAGCUGCGCCUACAUCAAAGAGCGUGAUCCGAGACUCGACCCGCCGGUGGAAGACAAGCUUGGGAUCGUUUCGUUCUUCCGGCAGGUCAUCAAGUCUAUUCGCAGUCUUCCAACGCAGAUUGCUCGUGUUUGUGAGGUUCAGGUUGCUGCGUGGGUGGGCUGGUUCCCGUUUCUGUUCUACUCUACGACCUAUAUCGGGCAAUUAUACGUCAACCCGAUCUUCGCUGAGAACCCCAAUCUCUCUAAGGAGAAGAUCGAUCAGGCUUGGGAGGAUGCUACCCGGAUGGGUGCGUUCGCUCUUCUGAUCUAUGCUAUCAUUUCUUUCCUCGCGAACACUCUGCUUCCUCUUUUCGUGGUGCCUACAUAUAGUCCCGCCCCAAAGACAACCUCGCAACCGGCUUCUCUAGAUGGUGACUACAAUGAAGACGAAGAACAGACUAGCAGGAGAGUAUCAAUUUCAGGUAUGCCGAUAGGCACUGCAACCGAGCCACUCCUCGACACACCCCCACGCUACGAAGCAGAAGGCAAACCGACUUGGCUCUCACGUCUCCAAAUACCAGGCCUAACCCUAAAACAAGUCUGGCUCCUUUCCCACCUCCUAUUCGCCCUUUGCAUGUUCAGCACCUUUUUCAUUUCCUCUCACCAAGCCGGAUCGGCAUUUGUCGGAUUAGUCGGUAUCCCCUGGGCCGUUUCCCUCUGGGCCCCCUUCGCUCUCAUCUCCGCUGAAGUUGCUCGCAUUGAUCCUUCCCGACGUCAUGGCCAUGUUGAUCGGGCUUUCGAUGAGCCUGGUGCGUCUAGUGGUAUAAUUCACCAGUACCAAGCCUCCGAGGCUCAUGAUUGGACUGAAGAGCAUGGUGAUCAGGACACUCUUGCUCAUGACGUUGAGCACGGCCAUUCUAAGUACCACGAGGAAGCUCAGGCUGGUAUUGUCCUUGGGCUGCACAACAUGGCUGUUUCACUCCCGCAGAUUCUGUCAAGUCUUGUUUGCAGUGCUAUCUUUAAGGCGGCUCAGAAGCCUAGAGGGGAGCCUUGGGAUGAUAGUGUUGGGUGGGUGCUACGGUUUGGAGGGUGUGCUGCCCUGGUGGCUGCUUGGUUAACGAGGAGACUUCGUUGA